AUGAUCCGACGUACCUUCUCCCGUAUUACUCGCAUGGACUUCCAAAUACUCUAUGGGGCCUACGUCAGACCGCUCCUGGAGUACGCCAACCAAGUUGUCUACUCAGGACGUACGAAAGACGUUACCCUCAUUGAGCGUGUCCAGCGGGCCACCACUAGUAUGGUUGCCGGCCUCAAAUCCGUGGACUACAAAACGCGUCUCGCGAUGCUUGAUCUCUUUCCCCUGGAGUACCGUCGCCUCCGAGGGGACCUAAUUCUUACUUACGCCCUGUUUGAACAACGCUUGGCAAGGAGGUUUCUUACCGUUCACCCAGCAAACACCCGGCGGGGGCAUAGUAAGAAAAUUUUCAAGCUCAGGGCACACACAUUCAUUGGGCAAAAAUUUUUUUCAUUUCGGGAAGUAGCUGCGUGGAAUGAUCUUCCCCCGACGGUUGUCCACGCUCCUUUCAUGCGAAUCCUCGCGCUGGCGAGCAUACUUCCCCGCGCUGAGAACAUAAACAGCAGUGCUACACCCUUUUUUCACUUGUGCUUUUCAGGUGAACGACAGCCACUGACCGACAAGAACAAAACCGACCCGGGAAACUUGGGCAAAAGCCUCGAUCCUUACAUUUUGGUUACCGGCGGCGUCAUCAGUGGCAUUGGGAAGGGGAUCAUUUCGAGCAGCAUGGGGACGAUUUUAAAGGCUUAUGGAUGGAAUGUGACUUGCAUCAAAAUUGAUCCUUACUUGAACAUCGAUGCUGGCACAUUUUCGCCUUAUGAACAUGGCGAAGUUUACGUUUUAGACGAUGGAAACGAGGUUGAUCUGGACCUGGGAAACUAUGAACGCUUUUUGGAUAUUACACUCACCAAGGACAACAAUAUAACCGCGGGAAAAAUAUAUCAGCGCGUAAUCAAGAAGGAGCGUCAGGGUGACUACUUAGGCAAAACCGUCCAGGUAGUUCCACACGUAACGGAUACAAUAAUGGAGUGGGUUGCUGAUGUAGCCAAGAUUCCUGUUGAUGAAAGCGGCCAGAUCCCCGAGGUGUGUAUCAUCGAACUCGGUGGUACUAUUGGUGAUAUCGAGUCCAUGCCCUUUGUGGAAGCAUUCCGGCAGAUGUUGUUCCGUGUGGGUAGUACAAAUUUUUGCUGUGUACACGUUAGUCUCGUGCCUAUGUUGUCUACAGUGGGAGAACCGAAGACAAAACCAACUCAAGCCUCUGUGCGUGAGGUACGAGCGUGUGGAUUGCACCCGGACCUGCUCAUGUGUCGGUGUACCUCUGCCCUAUCGCAGAGUGUUGUAGAAAAAAUAAGCCUCUUCAGCCAGGUUCCAGUAGACCAUGUGAUCGCUGUCACUGACUCCACUCACCUGUACGAAGUUCCACUGAUGUUGGACAAACAGCGUGUAUGCAGCAUUCUCCUCGAACAUUUCCGGUUGAGUCCGAAGCCUCAGAUCGAGUACCCUGUCUUGGGCAAAUGGAAGGCGCUGACUCGUCGCCUGAAGCAAGCUUCACACCCGGUUCGUGUUGCUGUUGUGGGCAAAUACACCAAACUCAACGAUGCCUACAUUUCACUACUAAAAGCUUUGCAACACGCAGCCAUUUACACUGAUUGUAAGAUGGAAAUCGAGCUUGUCUGUUGCGAAAAUCUCGAGGAACAGGUUCGGCUUUCUAAUCCAGAUCAGUUUCAUCAAGCCUGGUUGUCUGUUAGUAGCGCCGAUGCUGUGGUCGUCCCCGGUGGAUUCGGCCCCCGCGGUUUGGAGGGGAAACUUGAGGCCAUACGAUUUUGUCGGGAGCGUGGAGUUCCGUUUCUCGGUCUUUGUCUCGGGCUACAAUGUGCCGUCAUAGAAUUUGCUCGUAAUGUGUUGGGGUGGAAGGAUGCCAAUUCUACCGAAUUCGAUCCCCAGACAAAACAUCCUGUAGUGAUUGAUAUGCCUGAGUUCAAUCCCGGUCAAAUGGGCGGUACAAUGCGCUUGGGUCGCCGGCGUACAUCGUUGUACUUCUCAUCAACAGCUGAUACCUACAUAGGUCGCACUUAUGGCAGAUCUGGAUUACCCAUUACCGGUGCUGGAGAUUCAGCCGCCUCUAGGCCCUCUGACAGUGUCGUUCAUCGCUUGAUUAACUCUCCAUUCUUUGAUGCUCGCCAUCGUCAUCGUUACGAAGUCAAUCCAGACAUUGUGGACGAACUUGAGAGUGCUGGCCUGAUUGUUGUUGGUCGUGAUGCUGACGUCGGUAAUCGGAUGGAAGUUAUAGAGCUGUUGCGCCCUCUUCCUUACGGAAAGCUUAGUCGUGACAGAUCUCAGAGCAUUGACGCAUGUUCUCCAGUCAAAGAUGAUCCAAUUCCUUCCAACUGCGGCUCCAUUCGUCAUCCGUACUUCGUAGCUACACAGUUUCAUCCCGAAUACACGAGCAGGCCAGCGCACCCAUCUCUGUUCUUUGUCGGUCUUGUGUUGGCAGCAAGUGGGCAGCUCGAACGUUACUUGCGCAAUCCGUUCCGUUUGAGCCCAACAGCAUUGCUCAGUGAGAUCGGUGAUCACCCUUCCUCCGCAGCAUUCAGCUCAAGCUCCAAGCAGACACUUCAGGAAAGCGCCUCGAAAUCUACCAUUUCUAGUCAAACUGAGACUGCUCUCUACAAUCAUGUACUUGAUACCCGGUUCAUCGGGGCUCCCGGAGAUGAUGGAUUAGCUGAAACAAUGAACAAAGUAGCCGAUUUUCACAUCGGAGACGAGUAGUUGGUGAAACUGGCCUGUUAGAUAAACACCCACGGGAAGCUCUUCCAUUGUUACAAAUGGUGCUGACUUUCAUCAGAAUGCAUUUACAAUCCUUGAGUUUAAAUGCACUUUUCGAGCUUCUUGCCUGUAUUAUUGAGAUUAUCAUGUGUUUUUAUACAUCUGUCUAUUGGUUCUGAUCACGGAUUCUAUUUCUGCUGAUGGGUAGACCACUGGGUUUGUCUGUUUGCUUGUGCAGAGCUAAACUACACGUCCGGCACUGUUUGACUCUUCUCUCAUUCAUGGUGUUUAUUUAUUUGGACUGAG